AUGGGCGAGCAUAAUCUUCUUAAUCCCGGGUUUGUGGGACCGUUGGUAAACAUCCACACGGGAGACACAUUUUACCUCCCCAAUUUUAGAGCGUCCGGGGGACAACUGGCGGGUCUACCCUCUCUCUCCUACCCAAGAAGGGACAAUGUAUGCUCCCUUCCUUGGACCGCGUCGGAGCCGUGCAAUGGAUAUCCUCAACCCUACUUUAGCAGUGCCAUGUCCAUUAACCCCUCUUUCAACCGUGCAUGCGAAAUCACCAGGCAAGAUGAAGGCAAAUGUUUUUACAGCAACGGUGGCGGCAACAGGGAACCCUGCGCUGAAAGCGCAAACCUCAAACGUGAAGAGAGGGCAAGAGGAGACUCCUCUUCCUCCAUAACGACGGAGCAUGGACUGCACAACGGGAUUGGCAACAACGGUACAUAUUCCAAGUACGACUAUGGCGUGGAGCAGUUGACCCAAGAUCCGCUCUCCUGUCAAUCCCUAGAAUCUGACUCCAGUUCAUCGCUGCUCAAUGAAGGGAGCAAAGCCUCUACAGGCAUCGCUCAGGCGUUGACAUCCCCUGGCAAUCACGCACCAAGCACAGCAGCGGGCGGAGGCGCCCCGUGGUACCCAAUGCACACCCGAACCCGAAAGAAACGUAAACCCUACUCCAAACUCCAGCUGGCGGAGCUGGAAGGCGAGUUCAUGCUCAAUGAGUUCAUCACCAGACAGCGGCGGAGGGAACUCUCUGACCGCCUGAACCUCAGCGACCAACAGGUUAAGAUAUGGUUCCAGAACCGGCGGAUGAAGAAGAAGAGAUUGAUGCUUAGGGAGCAGGCCUUGUCCUUCUUCUAA